GGGGGAUUAAGGGUCUCUGUCGUUUGGCGUCAUCACCGUCUGAGACGAAGUCAACAACUCCAUUACUCGUCGGAUAGCGCUCUAAGUCGAGAUAGCCACAACCACUCUCACUGGUAGAGUUCGGAACCACAUUAAGUACACUUGCAUAUUGAGUCUACGCUAAUCAAUGCACCUUCCUGCACAUGUCAUCCAUGUGUGUAUUCUGGUAUCAUACUUCCGUUGCACGCGAGCUUAGCCACGCCUUUAUUAUCCUUUGCCUUCCUUCCUUUCCCCUUCUGCACACUCUUUAGUCAGAUUUGAUGCCUUCACGCGAGCUCCGCCUGUCGAGGAUUCCGCCGGCGCUUUCGAACCUCCAUCCCAGCCUUCGGUCACCUUUCCUCGACGACGGAUCCGAGCCUUUGCCGCUCACAGCCGCCUCCUGCGAAACCGACAUCGAAGAUUACAUUGGCAGCGGGUGUGACACCGUCGGCGAGCGGACACCUGCGUUCGGCAAGCGACUUUCUUUCGAGCCGGCAGAACGUUCACCUCUAAGUAAUGUCGGACGCUACGACAACGAUAAGAAACUGCAUCUAGACAGCGACGAGGAGGAAGACGAGGAGGAAGACGACGACGACAUGGACAGACCUUCCUACACCCGGCCUAGCAAUGGCCGCUCUGGCACUCCCCUCCUUCACAAAAACGAUGAAGAGCGCGGACGGUCUCGGGGGGCGCCGUCACCUCUGCUCAUGCCUUCCAGCUGGUCAACUUCACGCACGCGACCCUCGCUCGCCCGGCGCUCCACGAUGCGAUCCCGAUCACCAGACACACAGGCGCGUAUAGCAGCGCGCAAAAAGUACACAUAUGCCGCCGUCUUCCUUAUCAUCUCGCUCGUCUCCUUCUGCAUCCAGACGGAGCUAGCGGCGUACGUGCAGCAGGACCUCGGCUGGAACAAGGCAUACUGCAUGCUGUAUCUGACCCACGGUUCAUGGGCUAUGCUCUGGCCCGUCCAGCUCCUCGUCCUGCGCCUGCAGAAGUGGCAGACGCCCUGGAGGACGUUCUGGAAGCGGCACGUCUACAUCCUCCGCAGCACGGCGCACAUGGUGCAGGCUCAAGACCUGGAGCCCAAGCACAUGGCGCAUUUGAGCCCUUGGCCGUACUUGAUCCGUACCACGGCCUUCGUCACCAGUGCGCUGACGGUCGCGGGAUUGAGCUGGUAUUUGGCUGUCAACAUGACGAGUCCGAGUGAUCUGACGGCUAUCUACAACUGCUCUGCCUUCUUCGCCUACGCCUUCAGCGUGCCCCUGCUCAAGGAGAAGCUGCGCCUCGACAAGAGCCUCGCGGUGCUCAUCGCCAUUGUGGGCGUUCUAGUCGUGGCCUACGGCGACUCCAAACCCCCCGCCGAAGGAUCAGAAGAGCCAGCCUCAGCAGACGGAACCAGGUUCUUGGGUAACAUGAUCAUCGGUGUCGGCAGCGUGCUCUACGGCCUCUAUGAGGUACUCUACAAACGCUGGGCUUGCCCGCCCGAAGGCGUCUCCGCCCAGCGCGGCAUGAUCUUUGCCAACGCCUUCGGUAGCUGCAUCGGGUUUUUCACUCUGACCGUUCUCUGGAUCCCUCUUCCGUUGCUGCACAUGCUCGGCUGGGAGACAUUCGAGCUCCCAACGGGCGAGACAGCCCUCUACCUUUGGCUCAGCGUCGUCAUGAACGCGACGUUUGCGGGAAGUUUCUUGGUGCUCAUCUCGUUGACGAGCCCCGUGCUGAGUUCAGUCGCGGCGUUGCUAACGAUUUUCAUCGUGGCGCUUGCCGAUUGGGCCCUCACGGGAGAAGCCAUCAGUGCCGCCGCGCUGUUUGGCGGGGUCAUGAUUAUUGUGGCGUUUUUGAUGUUGAGUUGGAGUACGUGGAGGGAGAUGACGGAGGACGCGGCGCGGAAGGCGGGCGCCGUGGAGGUGGACUAUGACAGUGAGGAGAGUGAUAAGGAUGACGAGAGGUUAGACUAAGGUGUGGUAGUGAGAUAAGGGUCGAGGUUUGCCGUGGAGGAUGGAGUGUGUGGAGUGUUGAUAGGUGCCUUGGAGUUGAGGGGAUAGACUGAUUUUGGCGAGAUCUUGAGAAGGUGAUAUACAGUGUUGGUUUGUUGUCAGUUGUGUUACAUUCAGUUCAGACUCUGUCCUCCAGACGGAUACAGGGGUUUGUUUGUUAGACGUUGGAUCUGAUCUGGGAAUCAAGACAACGCGAGAUAUAUAGACGGAUGAGGAUCACGAUGUUGUAGGACAGAUUAGCUAGUGCAGCUCCCCGUCCCCCAUCGUGAGCAUUAGCAUCACACGGCGUUCUAGGUACCGGGAAUGGAUUUGGGGU